UUACUACUCAAAGCUGGAUGCUUCCUGCCGAGUGUAGUGAGGACAGUAAAUAUUUACUAUCUUUGUAGCUGGUCAGCUCGCUUUGCACUAAAUAAGAAGUCUGCAUCCAACCGACAGCGGGAAGUCGCAAAGGGACAAUUUAAAUAUAUCAUGAAGAGCAUGGUCUACAGUGGACAGUUAGGUCCUAUUUUCACCAUCCAGAAAGAAGGAAGCUGUGUCUACCCACAAACUUCAAUGGGACUAGAAAGUAUCUAUCUCAGAUACCCUCAAGUUUUUAGUAGGCUGCAUGCUCGUCAGUCACAUACUGUCGAUAAGCAUACACCUUCCAAAACUUUCUUUAACUUCAAUGAGAUCAGAUUCAAGACAGACCAACUUGACCACUUUGCUCCUUAUUCUCAUAAACUUGACAAAGAUGUGGACAACUUUUUGCCAGGUUAUCAGGAUGGAUAUGUGAGAGACAGUUUGGGUUGUCAAGAGAAUCAUGGAAUUCUUGGUCUAACAAAUAUUGCAGGUAGUACAGCUGAAUGCAAAUACUGCUACCAGGGAUUCAGGAUGUGCAGUCCAUCAAAUGUCUGCAGCUGCAGUCCUUACUUGACUCUUAGUAUCAAAAAUAAUGAAGACAUCUUGUGCAGUAACAGCAAACUGUACUGUCAGCCAUUUGUCAGCUGUGACAAACAGUGCAGACCACAAGACACAUUAUCCAUGCUGAGAGACCAAGGGAUACAGGAGACACAGGAUAAUGAGAAUGUGUGCACCACCGGCAAAGACCAUGAUACUGUGAUGCUCAAAAUAUUGGACACUGCAGACUAUUGUUGGUGCAACACUGCUGCAGCAGAAUACUGUUGGAAAGAUGGAGUUUUUACAAGCCACAUGGAGCUUGAACCACCAGAAAAACCCCAGACAACUUUGCACCCGGAGUGUGACGGCACACGAGGAGGGGACGUGCAGGUAACCACGACCGUCACCAUGCUGGACGGCGACCACCGGUGCCUCCCUCCCGGCUUCGCUGAUCGAAGAGCAGGAUGGCUGUCACAGGUGGACGCUACUGUCAGUCCCUUCAGUGGCGCCAUCAGGUGGAUGUACGCCCCCCUUGGGUCAUCAUCAGGGUCAGCGAGCCAGCGUGCACAUGAAGAGAGUCAGCGCGCGUGUCCGUGCGUGGAGUGCCAGCGCCGACCUCUUUACCCCUUGGACGGUCACGUGAGGUCACUUCCUCCCGACCGCACAGUCCAGCAGGUGCCCAGAACCACAGACAGAGUGACCAGGGAGGUGAUUACGAAGCGGUCAAGACCUCGGACACAAACAGCCGGACGACACGUGGCUGCUGUCAACCAUCCACAUCUGUGUGACCUCGAGGACGACACUGACCCAUCACGCGGCUACGCUUCAGAGGUCAUAAGGAGGGGUCAGGAGUCUGGGCCCCGCAAGAAGCGUGUUUACCUCAUUAAGCGGCCCCGGUGCUCUCCCCGUUUCGGCUCCGUCACUCUUCUGGUGCGCAAGCCCUCUCAAACAGCUGCAGGAGGCAAGGGGGACUGUCCUCAGACAAAAGCUGCCCUCACUGGUUCAGCAGAGGGAAGAAAGUCAAGCAGUCUUAUACACUUUGCUGAAAACGAAGACGGUGUGGUAGGUGCUGUGCAGGGAGGAGAAUGCCCAGAGAACGAUAUUCUUCUGUCGUGCGUCAGUACUCGGGACAGAUUGCAGAAUGAGCAGGACGAUGGAUCAGGUGACUCAGAGAAAUUCCCAGCUACAGCAACAGUAGCAGCAGCAGAGGAGGGGGCGGCGGUAGCGGUAGAGGCAGAAAAAGAUUUGCUGCACAAACAGCCAGCUGCUUGUGAAGGUUGCGGUGUCCAGGUGUCCGGUGACGUAGCUCUUCGCGAGGUCUGUGAGGCAGGAAACGUCACCAGACAUCAGCUAGAAACCAAACAACAGCAGCUGGAAACUUCUCAGCUCCUCGACAGGGACGUGAAUGAUGUAAGAGCUGCGUCUUCAGAGCCGGAAGGUGACGUGCAAAUUUCCGGGAGAUACGUACCAGUUUUAGGAAGUAGCGAACUAGUUCCCGGAAGUGACGAACUAUUUCAAGGUAAUGAAUCAGUUCAAGAAAGGGACAACUCAAUUCCUAGAAGUAACUCCCUUCACAAAAGUGACAAACUAGUCCAUGAAAGUGACGAAAUAGUUCCUGGGAGUGAAUUAGUUCACGGUAGUGACAUAUCUGUUCCAGGAAACGAGCAGCAAACACCAGGAGCAGAAGGGGAGCUGGACAGGACAUUCUGCGAGUUCGCGAACACUGCACUUUGCUUUUCCACACCUCUGUCACGUUGGGACCUGGAAGCAAACUACUCGCCUUCUCUUUGCGAACAAACGUCCGUCUGGUCGAUUCCAGUGUCGCCUGACGCAGUUGCCUGCAACGGUGAGAGAGACCGGACUGGUGACUUGCGACAGGAGAAGCAGGAUCGUUGCCACGGGUGGAAUUUUGUUGAAUCCCAGCGCAUUCUUUCCACGGAAGACACGCCUACACAUGAGCACCACUUUGGUGAACUUAAACUUUCACCUACUUCGGGAAGUACUUUCUCGGACUCUGUGAAUUCUGAAGGUGAAGAAGCAAACUCUAUUCUGUCAUGCGAUUCUUUGGCUACUUUUAGUGUAAAGAACAAAGGUAAAUCAACUCAGUUUUGUUCAGGGGAGGAAUCAAAGCAUUCGUCGGAUGAAAACCAUGACAAGCAGUCUCCUUUAUUAGGCGAUUUUUCUGGUCCUACCUCUGACCUUACUCCUGAGGAAGGUGCGAAAAAGACAUUGGCAACAAUGUUCGGGUCGAAAAAAGGCAAAUACAUCUUCGGGUUAAUAAAGUCGCCCUUGACAGAAGACUCAGAUCCAGCAAAGGAAGACACGAGCUCUUCGCCCUGCACUCUGAUACCACGGAAUCCCAACAGCGGAUCAUCCACUUGUGCUCGACAGAAAAGUUCACUCAAUGGGCGGCCAGCGAGCGUUGAUAAAGGGCGAGGUAAAGUGCAGAACAAAGAAAUGUACAGCAGGUUUUUCUUGGAUUCAGAAGCCGGCAACCAUACGAAUCCGCCUAGAACGCCACGUGGUGGAAGUUUACAGGUGGAUGAAAGCGCACAAAAAAACAGAUCCAAAACUGUUCAGAGAAUACGGUCGGUUGAUGGCUCGUGUGUUUCCAGAACACCGACGCCACUCUUCGCCGCUUCUUGCGUGACUAGUGACAGCGUCUCCGGUGCCUGCACAGGACCAACCUCGUCCGGGUCUCGACAAAACGUCUCUAACAGCUCUUUUUCCGAAAGGGAGACUACCGAACAAGAGAUGUGUUUACUUUCACAAGAUCUGGAAAAGAGUCCAAAGAUUGGUAAGCGGAGGGACAAAUAUGGCGGCAUGAAGGCAGUCAAAGGAAGGCUCGCAAAAAAGACUAAGAAAAUUAUUCACGCUAUGAAAAGUUACGACUUAUGUUCGGAGGGAGGAACUGGUGCACGUCACUUCCAAAGUUCGGGCCUCCCGUACGAGCCGGACUCCGAGUCGGACAGCACCGACAGCACAACCAGCGACGACGAAUAUCCGGCAGGCUUUAAGUGCAAAGGAGACAAUUCCAAGAGCACUGACGGAAAACGUCGCUCACCAAUAAGUCAACGAGACCCGAGGUCGAAAGGCCAUCAGGUGUCAAGCGUCGAAGAAGUGCUACGCUCCGACCACAGCGCCAAAACGACGACAGCUGUUUCCACAACAUCCCCACCAACAGCACAGCCAAUCGUGGACAAAAAGAUGUUGGAGUUGCAAAGUUUGCAAAGAAAAAAGGAACUCUCUUACUCGGUCGAUUUCAUUUGUGGGGAUUCACAAGAAAGUGUCUCAAAGGGACAAAGGGUAGAAACAACAGAUGCAGCUGCACACGCAAUAAAACCGAAUAGAGGGUGGCAGCAGAUCCUUUCUGACAGGUACGCAGCGCUAGAUCACAUGACUGCAGAAAAGGAGUGGAGACGAGAACUCGUGACAGCCACAUCUGAGACUACUAAAGACAUCACGGCACCUGACAAAGGUUUGACUGCACAAAGUGGGAAAAAGGAUCGUCAAGAAACGUCCCAAAUUUUACUGGCGGACGCAGCGGUCGUAAAGAAGGAAGAAGAGGAUGACCUUACACCCAUCUCCGCCAAAAGAGCCUCAGUGUCCGUCAUAUCGUACAACUUCGUAGAACCGGUCAAACGCCCUGAUGCUGGCGCGAGCGUGGACGAGAGCAGUGCUACUGGAGAGAGCUUGCUUCCAAGAAGCAGAGAAGCAGGCAGUUCGCCUUCAUCAGCCGGAAUCUUUAGCGGUUCUAGUGGUCCUAAUGAUGCUCCUGUGGUAGCAGCUAGGAGUCCUUACGAGACGGCGCUUGCUCAGGUUCAUAGGGAAGGUGAGGACAGCCAGCUGACAGUGGUGACCCCCCUAGCCGAGCCGCUUCAGGUGUCAACCUCUACGCCCUCAUCGGACGAGGUCACGGUCACGGAGUCCGAGUCAGAAGCUUCCCUUUCGCCGCUCGCCUCCGCCGUCGGUGACUUUAAGGAGUCGGCGAUUUACGUCUUCCCCCGCAACGUGCUGUCUAAGCCAGACUACGAGUUUAUCUUUUCAGACAGACCCCAGCUGGCCCGGUUUGGGCGAGCCCAGUCCGCCCCCGGUAAGCCUCCUUGCACCAUAAUGGAGAGCCGCACACUUUCCGCUCCCAGUAGGAGCAUGUCGCUGCAUGCUGCCAGCAGCGCGACUCUGAAAAUGCCCAGUUCCAGGAUUUACGACGUGCCGCCGCGCCGCCUGCCGUUGAAGUUCCCGGUGGAGUCCAACAGGCCCGGCUCCGUCCUGUUCCACGACCUCGCUAGGGCAACGGCUACCGAUCGCCCCAUCUCCUUCUCCUUCUCCUCCGUCUGUAAGCAGCAGCAGCCACAGCAUCUUCACCAGUCGAUCCCUGACAACGAGAACCCAUACGUCAACGACGCGGACGACGUCUCGCAGCCGACAGUAGGACGCAGCAGCGUGUGGGACGAGUCGCAGAAGAAUGCAGAGACCCGAAGAUCACGGUUACAGAGGACAUACAACACCUGUAGCCUAGCCGAGGGCCAGAAGACGGACUCGCAGUCCAGCAGCAGGGAGUUAUCGCGUCAUCCUUUUGAUGUUGAGGCUGUCGUCACGAAGGACCAUAGAGUCAUGGAAGGAAUGGUUGAAGAAGCCGUAUACGCUAACUCCGUCGCUGUCUAUUUUCCCCAGAAGGCAACGCAGAAUUCAAGGACAACACUGUCAACAGCCUCCCAGAAAGACAUUUUUAACGAGACCUCAGCCAAUGUGUCUGGCAAUUCGGAUCACCGAGCACAGACGAGAGGCCAAACAGCUAAAAAAGGGAUAACGCAAGAGAGUUCUCGUGAGUCUGAUCAGAGAAAAAAAGAAAAAGGAAAAAGAGAGUCAAAAAAACCUUGCUUAGGAAGAGAGGCUUCGAAGGAGCCCUCCGUGGAAGAUGGCUGGGUCAACAGAGGUGAGGAAGCUGGACAUGGAGAAAGGAUGAUGCGCAAACCUGUUCGGGCCGGUCAGAUGUUGGACCAGGACACCUCAGAAGCGGCAACAGUGAUGGAUGUGGCGUCGCCUGACGUCAGGAAUAGAAGAGUAGAGAGGAGAGACAGCAAAGACGGUUGGAGUGAACAGGAUGAGACGUUGAAGCUGAACCCAGAACCCAGCCUGCCAGUGGAGGUGACUGUGAGGAGCAAGACAUCCACCCACACCCACCAGUAUCACUCAGUUUCAGGAAAAGACACAGAUUAUGAAGAUGUUCAUGUUGGUGGUCAGUGGACUACAAACAACCCAGUAGCACCAGCUCCGAUAGUGCAUGCGAGGCUUGCAGAUGCUGAGAGUUCCCCAGUUCCAGAAACAAGUUAUGUCACAAAGCAAACGAAAUAUAAUGAGUACAGCAAUAUCAUCAGGAUUGACAGCAAUAGACUGAAGGCAGCUCAUGCCAAGAGUUUAUCCACAGCUGCCUUAUUCACUGCGACCAAUCGCAGUAGUACACUAAGUGCUGGCAGAAGCCCAUUGCGCAAUGCUAUCAGCCUAGAAGAUGGACUUAUUUCUGUGGAAAGGAAAAAGAAAAAGAAAAAGACUCGCAGGAAGCCAGACAAAGAUGGAAGUCCAAGAAAAUAUAGAAGGCAUUUUUCAUUUCAAAAACUGCUCAAUAUGUUCAGGAAAAAGAAAAAGAAAAAAAGGACCGAAAAGAUACCAGAGGCACAGGAGGAGACAACAGAAGUGGCAGAAGUACGGACUUCCAACAAAUUCUUUAACAUGAGGAAAAUUCUGAAAAUGAUGAAAAAACCCAAAGCUGAACAGACAGUUGUUGUGAGCUCAAGUCAGGACAUAAACUGUAUCCGACCCAUUGGACGGCUCCUGCAGCUGAAUGCCGACGGCACACAGCUUGUGGAAUUGAUACGACCACAAGAUGAAAACCUUGGAAUUGUACUCACCACAGGCUCUGAUGAGGAAAACGGUAUUUUUGUGUCAGGCUUCACAGACAACAGCCUAGAAAAGCAUCUUGCUGGAGUCCUAAGUGUUGGGGAUCAGAUUAUCAAGGUCAAUGAGCGCUUCAUAAGGGCUACUUCCCUUGACUGCAUUCACAACAUGAUCAUGGGUCAGCAGAGAAUCAAACUUCUGACAUUUCCAAUGCAGGGAAAAUAGUGUCUGGCCACCUGCUUGGCUUUCCAAUUUUGCUGGACAGAUACACUUAAUGUCUCAUUUUUUGUUGUGCCUCCAAGUCAGAUGACCUCACUGAACUUGUACCUUCUUGGUAUUAAUUGCAGGUCUGUGGUCAGUUUCUGAUAUCUCAAAGUUCUUAUUUCCGUUAAAUUAGUUGGCACCGCUGUGACGUAUCAGCAUGAUGCAAGGGCACUUACCACAUUAAGAUAAAGGGGCACAAAUAUUUCUAUUUUUUGUAAUUAUUGGUUCUUUGUAUUUUCUAGUUAGCAAUGACAGCUAAUAUUGUCAUUGCACAGACUUGCAUCUUGUGUUCAGCUGUCAAGAGUAUAUUAUAUGUUGCUUUUUUGAAAGAAUAGUACUAAGUACAGUAUUGAGUGAAAGAGGGUCGGCGCUAGCUAGGAUAAACUCAGUGAACAUUACUUGCACUAAUAACACAAUAUUUUUUUGUAAGAAAGAAAUAGCUCAUUUCUGAUGCAUAGUGUCAGUUCAAUCAUUCGAAAUCCUCUACCUCGGUGCAUCCAGAAUAUGUCCAGUGAUAGUCACAAGCUGUUUAAUGAGAUCUUAGAAGGCUUUAGUGAGAAACAAAUUUUUGGAACGGACACGGUGUUUGGUACUACAGAGUUUACCUACUGAAGCUAGAACUUUAUUUAUUUACAUGAUAUUUCCAAUAUUGAAAGUUUAAGAGUAGUAUUUGGAAAUAAGGAUACAUGACCAAUUUUAGUCAUGAAUGUCUUUGUGGGGACUUAAAAUAUACCUUGUUCUGUUCACAAAUAUGAAAUGUUUAAGUCCUAUAAAUCAUAUUCUAAUGGUUAACUGUGGAGUUAUGUAUUUUCACAUGUGGUGUACAUGUCUGGUUUCAACAUAAGAGUGCUAAGUAACUGCCAUUCAUUUAGUGUUAUCUUGCCAUUAUGAUAAUUUAUCUUCAUCGUUUUGCAUGGAUGUGCAUGUGUAUGGGAAUGUGAAUGUGAAUGUGUGUGUGUCAACAUAUCAGGCAUGCAUGUGUGUCAUGCAUGCAUGCACAUAAGUAUAAGACAUAUGCACAAUAAGCAAGAGGUAGAGAGAAAUAGACAAAUAUAUCCUGGCUUGAGGUAUUUACAUUGUUAUUUACUUUUGUAUGCAGUUUCGCAAGGAAGUAGAAGGGUAUGUCACCACCAUUGUGUCCUCCAUGACUCUGUCAUACACGCGUUGGUUAGGUCUACUGUCUGUCACUACAACUGAAUACUGUAAGGUUGUGUUGCUACAGCUGUAAACAAUAAGAUAUUUCACUGUAGCUGAGUCCUGUGGCUGUAAGACUGGCAUAUUGUGUCUCUUCAUCUAUACACUAUAAUAUUGUGUCACUAAAGCUGUGUGCUUUGUAAUUGUCAAUCACAUUCUCCAUAUUUUAGACUUAUUUGUAAUGCAUUUAGGUUUGCAUAGCUUGUGUUUUCAUGCACACAGUUCACUUCCGAAUACAUAAAACAUGCAUCAUGUUUGUUCAGUUAUUAUAAUUCUCUCUGAUAUGUUUGCAUUUCUUUGUAUCAUUUUGUUUAGUCUCCCUGUUAUUCAUGCUUGUAAUACAUGUACUUUACCUAAUGUUAUUCUUGAUUCACUUCAGCUUUCUCUUCUUUUCCAUGGCAUCUUCAUUGUUCUUCCUUAACAAUUAUUUUUGUUAAUCAUAAUUCACUACUGACAUAUGACAGAUAACUUUACCAAGAAAAUUUAAGAGAUAAACACUGUCAUUGAAUUCAGUUGUUAUUGCUGUAAGCUUUAUAAUAUAUCGUCAUUAUACUGAAACAUUCAUGUUCAGUCAUCUUUCAUUUUGUUGGUCUCUGCCUCUCUCUCUCUCUAGGUAGAAACAUAACUGUUUGUACAGUUUCAUAUUUACUAGCAUAAGCUGGCAUAAUAUCAUAAUUUGUAUUCUUUUGUCCACCUAAAACAAAUAUAUAAGGUCAUCUAGAAAAAUACAAUGAGUAGAGUUGCUCACUAACAAAAGCUGUCUUUAUCAUGCUUACUAAAUAAAUCUCAGUUUACAUCCACUUCGAAAGGAUCCUUCUUCACAUCCGGAAGGAAAAUGAGCCAAUCAAAAUGUAAUGAAAAUUUAUAUGCUGAUGCUGUUCUCAACCAUUUAAUCCGGUGGAUUCAUAGUGCUAAUAAAAAUAUUUAUUAAUAAAA